UGGAUUACCAUUGGACACUGAGAGUCUCUUCAAUCAAGGUAGGAAAUUUUCAAUUUUAAAAAUGUAUAAAAAUUCAAAGAAAGAAGACCUAGUAAAAGUAUUAGAGGAAAUAGGAGGCAUCGCAGACAGCAGCGAUAAUAUCGUUAAAUUAAAAGAAAAAAUUGAAUGUUCCGAAAUAUUUAAGAAUGAUUCUGAAUUUGUCAAAAAUUUGAUAACUAACGCCGUAGAAGAAAGAGUACAAAUAGCAGACAGGGAACUAAAACAAAGCGAAAUUCAGAUUGAGUUAGAAAAACUAAAAUUAGAAAGACUCGAGAAAGAAAUGCUUUUAUUAGAGGCGAAAAACAAAGCAUUUGAAAUUGACCCUCCCAAAACAAUAAAUGAUACACCUCAAACAAACAUUGAGAAUCUAAUUCAUAGCAUUAAAACUCUAUCUCUUCCAGUUCCAUCGAAACCUGAAAAUUUUAAUCAAUUUUUUUCAUCGUUGAAAAGAGCUUUUAGUACGAAAAACAUAAAUGAGGGGCUUAAAGCCGAAAUCUUAAUUAAUAUGCUAGGUGAAAAAGCAAACAGCAUCUUGUUAUACAUUGAAGAUGAUUAUUUAAAAAACUAUGAAAAAUUGAAAGCUUUGCAAAAAGCGAAACUUGUUGAGAUCCAUAUGUCUUUAUAUCCCAAUGAGUCAGGGUUGAAGCUCAGCGCCGCGAUUUCAGAACAUUUAACUUGUGAUGCAAUAAUAACGCCCACUAUCUAUAAUCAAUUAAUAAAUCUAGGUCAGCUUUCUUCAAGUGAAAAUAUUCAAAUCGUCAAUUCUAAGAGUGAAGAUUUUUAUGAAUGUUCUUGUUUCAAUAUUAAUGACUCUUGCUCUUGUGAAUGUUUUUUAUUUAAUAUACACAAGUUGUAUAGUAAUGAUGAACCUGAUUUAUCACAUGUUAAUGAUCCUUGCAUUAGAAAUUAA